AUGCUGUUGAUAUUAGGAUGGACUAGGAAUCUUAGCGUAGAAACGAUAGUUGAGGAAUUUGCAGUUAAUAAGAACACAGUUUAUAAGUGGUUUAGUGAAAUUAGGGAAAAAUGUGCUAGUUACGUCGAGGCUAACAGAAGACCGAUAGGAGGAUUAGGAUUAACGGUAGAAAUAGACGAGUCGGUAGUAGUUAAGCGUAAGAAUCAUAGGGGACGUAUUUCAAAUAAUAAUCAGGUUUGGCUAGUUGGAGGAAUUUGUAGGGAAACGAAAGAGAUAUUUUUAGAAAUAGUAGAGAAAAGAGAUAGGGCAACUUUACAUAAUUUAGUUUUGAACAACGUAGAUAGGAAUAGUACAGUAGUGACAGAUUGUUGGGCAGCGUACGGAGGAUUAGAGCAGCAUGGAUAUAGGCACAAUAGGGUAAAUCAUUCAGAGAAUUUUGUAGAUCCAGGGAAUCGCGAUAUUCAUACACAGAAUAUAGAAAAUUUAUGGAGGCAUGUAAAGGAUUUUAUUAGGAGUAAGGGAACGCACAAAGGUAGCAUGAGGUGUUAUUUGAGGGAGUAUCAGUUUAAGCGUCAUAACCAGAAUAGUUUUGAGGAGAUUUUAAAUAUACUGAAAGCAGAUUAG